AUGUUUGGCGGAAACUACGAAGCCGUGGGUAAUCCCCAAAAUCUCGAUGACUUCUAUGCCCCGCCCCCACCUGCUCCUCUUCCUCCGGCAGCCCCUCCAUCCUCCCAAGCUCCUUCCACGGAACCUCACGCAGAAACCUUUGCUUCAACUACUUCUAAUUCCGGAGGUGUUGUUCAACGGAAGAAGUCUCAAGUUGAUCUAACUUCAAAGAGUAAUUCCAUUGACCAGAGGAAGGAAGGGAAAGGGGGAAGCGACGAAGAAAUCCUCGGAAAUCGUAAGUCAUUGGGCCGUGUUUAUGGAAUUGCUGGAACAAAUAACUUGUUCGUUGUCCCAUUUUUAGCCGUAUUUCGGUACAAAUUGGCCCUCCGAACUUGUUAUGCCUUGUGGAUCUCAAUUCUGGUCACCAGUCUCAUCUCUUUUGCUAUCGCCAUUCUUCUUUUCUUUGCCUUAUAA